AUGUCAUGGAAUAUACAAGGGGCUGGCUCCAAGGAGGUGCAUGGUGCGUUUAAGGAACUCAAAAAUAGAUUCCAACCAGAUGUAGUAGCUAUACUGGAACCAAGAAUAACUGGAGGGAAGGCUGAUUAUUUUGUCAAGCGAAGCCGCUUUGAUCGCUCAUUUAGAAUUGAGGCGGAUGGCUUCUUCGGAGGUAUAUGGCUGUUAUGCAAGGAAGAUGUAAGGGUCACAAUUUUGAAAUGUCACGAGCAAUUCAUCCAUACCCGCAUUAUGAAAGGGUCGGUUGAAUUGUUAGUGACAUUUGUAUAUGCGAACCCGAAUCCAACACUAAGGCGACCUCUAUGGGAUAUGUUGUCGAAACUAGGAGAUAGCAUUUGUGAGCCCUGGUUAAUUGGGGGAGACAUGAAUUGCACGUUGCAUGAAUCUGAGCGGAAAGGAGGCUCAAGAAAACACGGUGGACGUUGUAAAUUAUUUGUUGAUUGGGUGUUACAAUGUGGCUUACACGACCUUAACAUGUCUGGACCAAAAUACACAUGGUUGAAUGGUCGGGGAUUGCAUAAAAAGCUCGACCGAUUUCUGGCAAAUGAUGAGUGGAUUAAUCGCUUCCAACACGGAUUCGUGGAAAACCUCCCCCGGUGGCAAUAUGAUCAUCACCCGAUUCUGGCAAGAUGCAAAGGAAACCAAACACCCCCCACCGCAGAUGCGGUGAGGCAUUUUUGUACACGGGCUAAGGAGUGGAACCAUACUACUUUUGGGAACAUAUACAACAGAAAGAGGAGGGCUCUUGCACGCCUUGCUGGGGUCAUAAAAUCCCGCGAAAAUUAUUCGAAUCUGAAGCUGCAGAGGCUUGAAGUGGAAUUACUAGCUGAACUGGAUGAGAUUGUCCAGCAAGAGGAGCUGCUCCUUAUUCAAAAAUCCAAUCGUGACUGGACUCUCCAUGGGGAUAAAAAUACCAAGUGGUACCACUCUUAUGUCAAAAGUUGUCGCCGGAGGAAUCGAGUUAUCUCUCUGAAGGCCGAUGAUAGGAGAAUGGUGUACGACCAGGAGGAGAUGCGGUCGAUGGCUGAGAAUUUCUUAAAAAACCUGUAUGUGGGCCCUCCUACCCCGCAGUCUAUAUACACGCUACGGAACUGCUUCCCCGCAAUCCCACGCCCUACCUCGGAGGAAUUGACCUUGAAACGGCCUAUGACAUGA